UUCCGUGUUCUAAAUGCAGACGACAUGACGUGUUUAAAUUUCUUUGUUUUGAAUGGGUCACAAGUCAGCAAAGUUUGAGGAACGUGAAAGAAUAACAUUCCCUGCCCAAAGGAGAGCUCUUCUAUUGACGCCUGCUUCACAGAAUGUUUCUAAUCUAGUCAGUUACAAUCAAACGGGGAUUUCAGAACGUGCCGAGUUUUCUUUAGGCGCACUUGCCGGUCUCUCAUCGAGACGUGACUUGUCGUUUAACAGCACGGGGAUUACGACAGAUUACGUAAAGGUCCGAGGAUAAUCAGCCCUUAUCAAGUGACCUAGGCCUCUCCCAAUGACUGAUAUAUGAAUGAUUAAUGUUGUCACGUAUAUCUGAGGUUUGGUUCACAAACGUAAUGAUAGUGUUCAUAAUGACAACACCAAUCAGUCAUAAUUGACCAGCAGCAGGGCACGACAUUCCGUAGUGUUGAGUUGUGUUCAUAUCGGAAAUGACUCCUCUGUAGCCUGGUGACAUGGCAGGCCUCGGUAACUCAACCUUUCCAGGGAAUAGCGCAGACAAGGUGGAGCUGUGACGGUGUCUCAAGAUAUUUUAAACAGGCUUUGCAAUGGUGGUCGGAGUAUUGACACAGUGUCCAUGUCGUGAUCCGAUACUGUGCUUGAAUCCCUGUAUCUGAUCUUGUCUCGUGUCCAGAUUUUGGCUCUGUUGCAUAAUACACACAUAGUACAGUGUUUGUAAUGUAAACAUUGGAUUACUCAGUCCGGAUAGCUUUAUUCACAAGCAGUGCUUACAACAAAGAUGUCAAAAAGAUAUGACCAUUUAUUACGUCUUCUCCUAGUGGGAGAGACUGGAGUUGGGAAGACCUGCCUCAUUUGCCAGUACACUAAACAUGAGUACUGCAAUACUCACAUAUCAACUAUUGGAGUUGACUUUAAAGUCAAAACCAUAGAAGUGAAUGGGCAAAUGGUGAAGAUGCAGAUAUGGGAUACAGCGGGCCAGGAAAGAUUUGAAGCCAUCACCAAACAGUUUUAUAGGAGGGCUCAGGGGGUGAUGGUUGUGUAUGAUAUAUGCAGCCGGAGUUCCUACGAGUCUCUACCAAAGUGGAUUUCCUAUGUCAGACAGUUUGCAAAGGAAGACACAGUGAUAAUGGUGAUGGGCAAUAAAAAGGACGAAGUUGACUCUAGAAGAGUUGAUACUGAAGAGGCAGAAACGUUUGCAGAGAAUAAUAACUGCCAGUUCUUUGAAGUUAACGCCAAACGGAGAGAAAAUUUGGAAGUUCCCUUCUAUGAAAUGUGCAGGCAGAUAUUAAGCACACAGGAUCAGAAGAACUCUAGCUAUUCAAUCCAUGAAGAUGACAACUCAGCGAUUGUGAUAGACAAGUCCAUGACUGGCAGGAAUAACUCUGACACAUCACAACUGAUCACAUCGGAAGAGGAUGACGAUGAUGAAGAUAAGGUGGUUCGACCAAUCUACAGCAAGUGGGCAUGCUGUAGUAUAUUGUAAACAGUCUACAGUGUUCUUGUUGUACCAUAUUGUAAGCAUAACAGUAAAUGGCAUACAGUAAAAGGUAGGGCUGGAAAAUGAAAACAAUUGAUGACACUAAAAAUCAUUCCAGUCAGGUUGAAUUUAAGUUUUUAUCUUAUUUCUUUACAGAAAUUAAGGUGCUUAUGAACAGCUAAAUUUAAAGAAAAAGGUAUCUAAUUUUGCUCUGUGUUUUCUCACUGUGACAUUACAUUGAUCCUCAAUCAUAUGAUACAUAUAGGAAUCUCACAGCACUGUACACACAUUUUGAACCUGGUUCAAGUGACAUGACAUUAUGGGCUGAGGGUAUAGAAAACAAUAGAACAGACUUGAUAACUGAGGAUACAUAACAGUUCAUUCCAUUGUACAAUGAUGCUAGUAAAAGGUGUUUAUCCAUGUAUAAGUACAGUAAGGGUAAACCCCUGAUACACUCUAUACCUAGCUAUGCAUCUGUGUAACUUUACUUUACUUUGAUGAAACCAAAAGCUUAACCUUAUUGCAUAAUAUUAGAACAAGCUGAAAUUAACUAGUCAUGACAGUUGAAUGCAAACUGGUUUAUAACAACAACUUCUUGUUGCCACUCAAACAAGUUAACUUCUUGUUAUCAUCAGAUAGAUAGACAGACAGACAGACACUUCUUGUUACAGACAGACAGACAGAUGUCUCUCUGACUUCUUGUUAGCAGAUAGACAGACAGACAGACAGACUCUCUGACUUCUUGUUAGCAGUGCCACAUAGAACAGUGGGAAUGUCACUCAAAACGCAGUGCUGAUUAAGCAUAACAAGCCCCAUAAAAUGUAUCUUAAGAAAAAUGUCAUGCUUAACAGUUUAACAAAAUAACUAAGGAGUGAAUUACUCUGACCUGUUUGCACAGAUUCAUGUGUCAUAUACUUAGUGUAAAGAUAUGCAGCUAUCGGCGACAUUAUUUGUUCUUCAGAUUAUUCCCCCUUAAUGACAUCGCUGACAGUUCUUUGCAUGUUGGCGAAGAUGUAAAGAUUUGGUGAUUUUUUCUUUGCAUUAGUAAGUUUUUUUUCUGUCAGAAUAUCUGAUGUAAUGAAUUGAUGUGAUUAUAGAUUUCAUAUAUUUUUCUUCCAUUAUAAAGACUGAUUUAUAUCUGAUUUAUAUCAACCCACACAUUUUAAAUAUAGUAGGGAGUUGGAGAUAGUCUUCUUUAGAUGCUGGAAGACAUAUAGUAACUCAUGGAUUAAGUACAUUAAGUAUAUGGAAAUCCGCACAGAUCAGCAGUUUUGCAAAAUUUACAAUAUAUUUGAAUACACCUUGUAGGGUACUUUUAUUUUUUAUGUAAGGACUAAUCCCAUGUCAUGUAGUGGUUAAAUAUAGUUAUCUGAUCCUGAACAAAUACAUGUAAUUUAAAAACAAUGAUUUGGAUGAAUAAGUAAUCAUUUUGUUAUUGCAAAUUGUUUUAUGUCUGUCAGAAAUGUUGAUGCCACUUUUUGUCUUCUAGUCUCUAGUCUUGAAAAGGCUUACAGAACGACAUAUUUCUAUUAACUAGUAAUUUUAGAAGUGCACUAAUACAAAACCUGAGUGAACUGCCCCGUUUAUGAAAUAGUGCCAAAUGGUUUUCUGCCAUGUUUUUUACAUGAGCACUCACACAUGGGGAAAUCACUGUCAGAUUAUUUGAAGAACCUGAUUUAUGAGACAUUUUUAAGCAAGGACUCAUCACAUUGAUAAGUAGGCAAACUAAAAUUAUUUGUGCCAGUUAACAUAUUUGUGCUCAUUUGCUUAUUUCCUGAUACUGGAUUGUGACACCAAGUUUAUCAGAUUGCUUUUCUGUACUACAUUAGUAGUAACAUCCAUUAUAUGAUAAAAUUAUAUCUCUUCCAAUUAUAGGUUGCUUCCAGUUGUGUCAAAUAUGUCUGAAACUGUAACAAAUUGAACUGUCAGGCACUGAGUGUGCUGUACAUAAACAGCUGCAUGUAAGAUAGUGUUUGCAAGGUCAAGGUUGGCAUGACUGCAGUCAAUCGUCACGGGGAAAGCUGUGUUGAUCUGUAAUUAGUGGGCCACAUAUGUUUGUGUGAGAUGAUAGAAACAUGACAGUCAUUGAGCAUUUUGUUAUAGGAAAACAAAACCAAGCUGUAUAGGCUUGAACUGUGACUGAAUUUCAGUCUGAGUCUGUUCUGUAUAAAGUGUGCCAUUGUGCUGGAGAUGAGUGAGGGUACUUAAUUUGCAUUUACCCCAGCUUCUCUUCCUGACUUGUUCCAGCCGUUUCUGUAGCUUCAGUGUGUGUUGUAGAAUAUAUUCAAAACAAGGUUUCUCUCAAACCAGGAAGAAUGGGAUAGUUCUUAGAAGAAAAGAAAUUAAUAUUAUUGUGUAUAUCAAAUAUUAUGUAAACUGGUGCUGAAAUAAUCUUAUUAUCAAAUUAAACGGAAGGUUAUUGUGUCUCUCAUUUCACUUUAGACUCUCCAGAACUGUUCACAGUUUGUAGGACUUACAGGGUUCAGCUUUACCAAGGGGUCACUGCUCUUAAACUGGUAAUACGGUUGCAUGGAUGUGUGAUCAAGCAAGUGCAACAUAAAUAGAUUGACAGGUUGUAUUUAAUUCUAUCCCGGACGAUAUUCCCCAUAGAUAUGUUAAAUGACAUUUUUAAUAUAAUAAUGGAUUAAAGUUUGAAGUGUGAUGAAGAAAAUUGGAGUAUAAUAUAAUUAAGUACAGAUAAGAUGAUUAACCCUGUGCUUUAUAAUAUUGAAAUGAUAUGGAUUGAUUACAAAGAUGAAAAACUAAAUAUUGCAGUUGAAUGAUUCUGUAACCUGGUUAUGUUAGCUUUGAUUGUUGAUUUGAAUUUCUUCAUGUGCCAUAGUAAUGUUUGAGCUGAUAUCAGCAAGAAUGAGUAAGGCAUGUUUGUAUGGUGUAUAAUGUACCUGUAAUUUGACACAUUUAUCACAUAUAAGAAUAUCUAUUAUGUGUUGUAAGAGUUUGCUGUCAACUUUUUGCACUGAUUAGAUGGGCACAGAAAAUUAUUUAUUCAAGUUUUAAAAUGUGAUGGAACUAAGUGAAAUUCACAUUCCAGAUAUUAAUAUUGUCACACAGAUGACGAAUCAAGUUGUCUGUUAACAGAUUAUACAGACUGAACUCACCUGGCUCUCUGUGGAAGGGAGGUCUUGUGAUGGGGAAGUUGUCAGUUGUCUCCCACCACAAGCCACAAACUUUCAUGUGUUUAGCUCAUCGGGACUUUACACUCAUAGUAUUGUGCAUUCUCAGAAUUCAACUGUCUAACGUUUUUAUUUUGUGGCAUCUCACCUGAAACCACAAAGCCUUUGAAACUUCUAACUAUUCCACAAUGAUUCCAGUCUAAGGUGAUGCAGUUCUGCCAGUUGGUAGACUUGAUAUUUUCCCACAGGACUCACUGUACUGCAUCCAUUCCAUAUGUUUGUGGAUGCAUAUUCCUGUGCCAUGUGAAACCCUUGCAGCUGUGUUUUAAAUUAAGCUGAGUCUUGGAGUCUUUGUGGUGUUGAUAUUUGCAUCUACACACUCACCAGUUGUUUUAUGAAAAAGGACCCCUUGACUUUCAAUCUUAAUUUCUAACAUUGUGUAGACAUUGAUAGUAAGUGGUAAGGGAUAGGUAAAACGCUGAUAGAAAAAUAAACUGAGACCUGAUAUGAAAUUGAUAAUGAGCUAAUAAUGAAGUUGAUAAAUGAUAAAGUUGUAUAUAUGUGUGUAUGCUUGCACUACAGUGCAAUCUGAUGUUCACUACAGUAGAUAUUUAUUUUUGCAUGGAUACUUUACAUCCAUUAUCUUGCUAUGCAAUCUCAAUGUUUGCCUUGAAAUGCUUGCCUUACUCUACCUAUGAAUGUUUAAGUCUCUUUAUUGGUCAGUUAGUGUAGACAUGUAGUGCCUCCUUAGAGUCAUUUCCAUGUUUACUUGAAGAACUGCUCCUGAGAUGAACAGAUAUAUAGAGUUCACAAGAGUCAAUUUUGAAACUCACCUUGAAGUCAUGUUUACUAUUUUGGUCUUGGGCACCAUGCUUUGAGCUUUGAGACUGAAAAUGACCUUAUGUUUACAGCCAUAUCACAUUGAAAAGUAUUUUUUUGCUCUAGCUUUGAGUAGACAAGCCAAUGCCAACUCAUGUAAAUAGGUAUUUGUGUUGAUAUGAUAAUACACUUUUACACUUUGUGAGAGAAAUGAAGGUUGAUGUAACUGGUUGAUCCAGCCUUGUCUUGGAAUCUCCCCCAAGACUUUAGCCAAAACUACAUUUAAGGUUCCCAUUGGUCUGUAUACAUUAUUGUUAGGUCUGCAGGCUCCAAUGAGCUAUUGCUGCUGUGCGAACCUUCUAUGAUCCAUUCACAGCUACCACACCCUCAUCAUAUAGUUACUGUAUGCAACAAAUUUAGUAAUUGUUCCAACACAUACCUUCCAUGGUUGCUCCGAAUAUUGAGUCUAAGGUCCAUGGGUGUUUGAUGUCGAGAUUGUUACGUUUGCAUUGAGUUCUUCAUAGUUACUCUUCAGACUCAGACACCUGACAACCAACUUUACACUGCAAUAUCUGACAACCAACUUUUGCACUCUAAUACUUGACACUCAUUUAUACAUUCCAAUACUUGUCACUCACUUUUAAUCUAAUGCUUGACAUUCACUUUUACUCUGUAAUACCUAACACUUACUUUAACCCUUCACUACCUGACAUUCAGUUCAAACACUCCAAUAGCUGAAACCCACCAUCUUUAAGCCUUCAGUACCAGAUAUUUAAUGUAAACACUCCAAGAGCUGAAACCCACCGUCUUUAAGCCUUCAGUACCUGAUAUUCAGUUUAAACACUCCAAUAACUGAAACACACCAUCUUUAACCCUUCAAUACCUGACAUUCAGUUUAAACACUCCAAUAACUGAAACACACCAUCUUUAACCCUUCAAUACCUGACAUUCAAUUCAAAACUCCAAUACCUGACACCCACCGUCUUUAACCCUUCAAUACCUGACAUUCAGUGUAAACACUCCUGACACCACCGUUUAAUAAUUCAUUUCCACCUUAAUCAAAACCAUAUAAUAAAUGGAGCUAUCUAUGCGUACAUAUCAAACUAUUUUCACAUUUUGAAUAAUUACUUUAUGGCAACUUUAUACCCACUGAAUUUCGAAUAUGUUUUACAGUUUAAGAAUUGAUAGUUAUGUUUGUAAUUAGUUAUUGUGCAGCGGAUGAUCUGGUCAGUCGGUAAAUGACAUAUCUGUGUCAAUAAUGCAUCACAAACUGCUUAUGAUUAUCAGUGGUAGGAUGUAGACAGCUGAGCUGGAGUUAAAGAACAGCUGUUGAGCACUGGCCAUCACUGAUAGUAUCAGUACAAAAUGAAAACUGAUGGAAAGUUGAUCAUCAGUCCUCCACCUCUAAAUGAAAACUGAUCGAAAGAUGAUCAUCAAGUUUCUACCUCUAAAUGAACGCUGAUCGAAAGAUGAUCAUCAAGUUUCUACCUCUAAAUGAACGCUGAUCGAAAGAUGAUCAUCAAGUUUCUACCUCUAAAUGAACGCUGAUCAUGGAUUUUGAAUUGAUUGCAAACAGUAGUAUUUUUGUCCAAUCAAAAGUAUUCAUACAAGCAGUUGAAGUCCUUGAAAUAAAUGAUUUAGCUGAUUCACCAAAUGGUACCAUGGUCAAAAUUAGAUUUUGUAUAUGAGCUACAAGCGAAAAGGGAGAGAGUGAAAAGUAUGGGCACGUCACAUGAUAUGUUUGUGCAGGAAAGGGCAUGGGAGGUAACUCGUGGGUGAGUGUAUUUAUACGUCCGCUUCGGGAACUUCAAAGGAUUCAAGUGUUCCACUACCAUUCGAAAGGGAAAGGGAGAUAAACAAAAGAUCAUGAGUCAGGAUAAGUAUAAAAUAUCAAUUUUACUUAAAAAAUUACAUUAUUGAAUACAGAUCAUAGAUCAAUGCUAGUCAGUAUGAAACUGUAUUUAAACUGUUUGUUUACUGAACAUUAUGUUCAGACCUGGGCUUUAAACAUGUACAGCAAAUGGAAGAGGAGAAUGCAUUUGUUAACACUAAUGAACAGCAGAGAUCAUUUGGGGGUCCAUUGUUUCUCUAAGUACUUGAUGCAGUCUUUAAUACAGCAUCGUAGCAAUCAAAAGCAUGAAUGUGUGAAAGUUGGAUGUAAAAUCAAGUAUUAUUUGUCAGUAUAACAAAUUAAGACCAAUCAGUUUAGCCUGGCCUUAUCAAAUAAUUGAAACUUGACCAGUGAUUUGAGUUACAGAUUUACAGGGUGGACACUUAAUCUCUCUAAUUUGAAGUAAAUAUUAUUCAAAGGUUCAUCAUUACUUUGUGCACAGUUCUAUUGUUUAGAUUGUAUUUAUUUAUGAAUUGUUAAACAUAUUUAUAUUUAUACAAAAUUCUUUUCCACAGAACAUGAAUUCAUUUAUGUUAGAUGAUCUUUUUUAAUGUUUAUUCAUUCAGUCAUUCAGACAAUCUAUUCAUUAUACUUUCAAAUAAUUUGUCCCAUCAGGAGUGUCCUCCUAUAUAUACCGGUACACUUCACAUUCCAUGUUUCUUGAAUUCCAUAUUCCACUCAGAAUAUAACAUUGUUACAUACACAGCUUCUUUAGUUUAAUGAUUGGAAGGAAUAUUCAUUGUAUGCUUGACAACAGUAGGAGGAUCUAUACCAAAAUGUGGCGUCUAAGCAGAAUAAGGAAGUUUGUCAUCCAUAAAGUACAAUGUAUCUAUCUUGUGUUUUUUAUCGUCAUCAGGACUAUGUAAGGAAAUUAAGCAGUCCUGGUAAACCUAUAAAUACAUUCACAGGUAACAAAAAAAUUCAAUAUUUGGACAGGAGACAAGACCCAGGACACCUAGGCCAGUAUAUAUAGGUUUUUUUAGGCUAAGAGGUUCUUUUUACAGGGAAACCAGAUUGUAACUGCAUCUUUGUUCGUCUACAAUUUGUGUUCUGUAAAACAUUUCCUGGUGAAAACAUUAAUGUACCAGCUCACUGUGACUGUUGUAUCAAUGCAGAUGUACAAAUUGAUAUGUCACAAGAGUAGAACUUCACCUUGUUUGAUUGUAUUCCUAUAUUAUAUUCAAUAUGCAAAACGAAGUCAAUAUAUGUACGGCAUAUGGUGAAACCAGCUCAUAAUCUUGGUCGUCCUCAAACCCAACUCUCUGGAAUAACCUCAUAAGAAUUUCAUUUAUUCAAAGGAAAAUUACUUUAUUUCCUUAAUUCUUUAAUCAAGAUUUUUGUUAGGCUGAUAGAAUUCAUUUUGAAUGGUAGCAGUUGGUUGAGCCAGGUUUCACUGUUGUCUGUUUUAUGUACCGAUGAUGAAUCUCUAGUGAUAUGUCAAGCUUAUUGACAGUAUAUUAUUCCUACAAGAAGUCACGCUGUGUUGUCUCAUUGCUUCAUAAGGUGCUGCCAAAGAUGUUUUAUCCAUGUUUCAUAGGUGGGUGUGUACUUUAUUGAAAACACAUUUCAGUCACACAGAUACAAUCAAAAUAAACUUUGUUUAAGGAA